GGUAUUUGUUGGAUUUUUGUUUUUACUUUUUCAAAGCAAAUUUAUAUUGUAUGGACGAAUAAAAUAAUUAGGGCUGUAAAAACACGCAUUUAUAAUGACAUCACUGUUAUUAAUCAAGUCCAUGCUAUUAGCAAAUGCAUUAAAAAAAUCUCACAAAAAGAAGAAAAGGAAAGUCAAGAAAUCACAUUGUAUCAAAAAAAUUGUUAAUCCAUGCAGAAUAUGCAGUGAAGAGAGCGGAGAAAUACCUAUAUUCAACAAUAUCAUUCAUCCAAACAUUCCUGAAGAUAUUAAAAACAUUUCAGGAAUUGCAUUAUACAAAAUGGAAAAUUAUUCAAAUCAUAUGUGCCAAAGUUGUCUAGACUUGCUCAAUGGCUGCAUUAUGUUCAGGGAACUGUGUCAGAGAAGUAACGCUAAAAUCACAGAACUCUAUGAAAAGAAAGAAUAUGGUAGAUAUGAAAGAGACAAGACUAUAAAUGGUGACAGUGAAGACUCCUACCAUGCCUCCACACCAACUUAUUCUGAAGACAAUUCAGAAGUAUGGGGUUGUUCCACAUGUAAUAAAGAGUUUGAUAAUAUGGCUGAAUAUAACAAGCAUGCAUCCAAAUGCUCUCUGCAAACUCAGUCACAAGUAGCAAAGCCAUCAGGGGAGGUGACAAAAAAGAAGUUUCUAUGUGACACCUGUGGAAAAACUGCCUGUUCUAAUGCAAGUCUUUUGGUUCAUAUGGCCACUCACGAAAACGUGUUUCCCUUCAAAUGCGAGGAAUGCCCGUAUCAAGGCCGUACGAUGGACUUGCUGAAGGUUCACAAGAGGUCGCAUAUGGCCGAUAAGCCGUUCAAGUGCACGCAGUGUCCCAAAGCGACGACGACUUCUAGCAACCUCGCGAAACACAUGAGACACGUGCACAGCACUACGAGACCGUUUAAGUGUACUUAUUGCGAGAAGGCAUUUUCAUAUCAACACGACAUGAAGAGGCAUAUAAAAGAUAUUCAUUUACGACAAGGCACAGUGGAGUGCGAUGUUUGUUUUAAGAAGUUUAAUACAAAAAAAAUAUUACAAGGGCAUCGAUGGAAAAUCCAUAAAAUCAAAGGCGAAAGACAAGGGCGGCUGCCAUCGUACUUGCAGUGCCAAAUAGAAGUUCAUCCCAACGAGAACAACUUAAAUGACUGUGAACAAAUAUACUCAAGUAUGGAAACUGCUUAGCGAGUGAUUAGUUAAUACACAGAUCAGAUCAGAGUCGCACCAGGCCUGUUCAUCUCCGCGAGUUUACAUCGAAAACAAAACACGUACGAUGGCCCACCUACAGGAUACUAUUCGACAAG